AUGGCGUCGCCUCUGCAGAUGACAGAGAUGUACGACAACGCUCUGCUCGGGAUCUUGCAGCACGUUGGAAACAUUCAGGACUUUCUUCAGGUCUAUUUUGGGUUUCUGUACCGCAAGACGGACUAUUAUCGCCUGUUGGCAGGUCCAAACGAUAAGAUGGGCUUCCCUCCUGGCGUGGCGGAGAAGAUGGUGCUCAAGAUGUUUAAGAAUUUUGAGAAGCUGGCAGAUCAGGACAGAGAGAGGCAGCUGAGCGAGGUGCAGAGGAGAGAGCAGAGUCGAUGUGUUCCUCCGGCACUUCAAGAGCUGGAGGUGGCAGAGGAGACCGUGGAGCAGAGCUCAGAGAAGGCACAGACAGAGAGCUCCCCUUCAGAUGCUGCUGAUGUUCCAGCUGCUGCCUCCUCCUCAACAGCGACUGUGAGCCCCCAGCCCCACAGCAGCAGCAGCAGCAGCUCAGGUCCCAGCCAGCCAGCUCAGGGAGACCAGGCAGCUGCAGCCAGCACAACCUCAGCAGAAGGGAGUCGGGACAAGUUGCAGGCCGACCCCGACACCUACAACGGGGCUGUGAGGGAAAACUACAGCUGGUCUCAGGACUACACCGACGUGGAGAUCCGCGUGUUUGUGCCAAAGACGGUUUUAAAAGGCAAACAGGUCAGAGUUAAUCUGCUGGCCAGCAGCAUGCAGGUGUGUGUGAGGGAGGGUGCCGAAGAAAAAACACUGAUGGAGGGAGAGUUCACUCACAAGAUCAACACUGAAAACUCUCUGUGGAGUCUGGAGCCUGGAAACUGUGUGGUCCUGUCCCUCAGUAAGACAUCAGAGGUUUGGUGGAGCGCAGUGCUGAAAGGAGAAGCAGAAAUUGAUAUAAACCAAAUAAACCGCGAGCGCUCCAUGGCAACGGUUGAUGAAGAGGAACACGCCGUUCUGGACCGACUCUCCUUCGACUACCAUCAGAAGCUGCAGGGAAAACCACAGAGUCACGAAACGAAGGUGCAUGACAUGCUGAAGAAGGGCUGGGACGCUGAAGGCUCUCCGUUCAGGGGGCAGCAGUUCGACCCGUCCAUGUUUGACAUCCCGGCCAGCGCGGUGCAGUUCUGAAGCACAGCCAAAACUCAGCCAAAUACGAACUGAAUGCUAGUUUAUUUGCAAAGCUGGCUGUAGGAAAGUCAACAUUUACCUGCUGCUCUGUUAUAUUCGUCCUCAGCUGGGAGAGCAGCACUGAAGCUGGUUCUGUUUGGAGUGGGAAUACCGACGAGGACUUGUCAUUAUAUCAUACGCUGAUUUGAUGUUUUGGCAGAAUUAUAUCUGAUACAUUUGUUACAUGUUUUUGCUCUUUAUUUAAAAAACUUUUCAGUGCCUA